GUGCACGAUUCGGAUAACGCUUUCGCCCACGAGGUACUGGUCGAUCUGCUAAGAAUAAAAUGCGUAUACAGUAUACACCCUUUUCUUUGUCCGACAAACUCCUCGUACCAAGAUGACACUGUGGACUCCCUGUCGUCUUCCCCGGCUCACUCUCUUUGGUCGUUCUCUAUUGCUUGUUACUUCUGAAUUCCUGGCCAAUGCGAUAUGCUGGACCGUCGCAGGAAUUCUAUUCGGUCGUAGCCGAGAAACGCAGCCAAUCCUAAGCUUGGCUUUACUAGCUUGGACGUUGGGUCUACGACACGCUCUUGAUGCUGAUCAUAUAAGUGCGAUUGACAACGCAACAAGAGGCUUGAUAAGUAUGGGCCAACUUCCCGUUACAUGCGGUCUAUUUUUCUCUCUCGGGCACAGUACAAUCGUGGUGGUGGUUAACGUUGCAAUCGCCAUAUCGUCCGAUGUUUACGAGAAAAUAAACGGCGUCGGUACAGUGGGAGGCAUUGUAGGAGCGGCUGUCAGUGGUUCCUUCUUGUUCAUUAUAGGUGUCGAGAAUUCGAUUUUCCUGUGGAAAGCGAUACAGCAGCGUCGAAAAGUGAGCGUCUUGCUCAGGAGAGAACUUACUCACAUGCCGAAACAGAUGAAGAACCCCCAGCAAGACGAGGGCGUCCAGCAGGACAUGGAAGUGCCGCUCGAAGACCCCAAACAUGGCCACAUGCUUAUGAUGAGGAUAUUAGGGCCCGUCAUAACGUUCGUCAACAAACCCUGGAAGAUGUACCCCGUUGGCGUUCUUUUUGGAUUCAGAUUUGAUACUGCAUCUUCGAUCGCCCUUUUAGCCGUUUCAGCCUUGGCGAAAAAGAGAUCUGACGGAACUACUAUUCCUCCUGGUGACAUUGUUAUAUUGCCACUGCUCUUCACGGCCGGCAUGGCGAUGAUAGACUCUUUGGACUCGAUUCUGAUGCUGUACUCGUACUCUGGCUUCCCGGAGCAUUCGUUCGUUCUUUUCGAGAAGCAGAGAUGUUUACUGCCCCUUGAAGAGGCGAUUACAGACUCCCCGGUAGUACAGACUUCAAGGGCGUCUUCUCCCAAAUUUCUCGGGAAUGUUAGCACUAUCGAAGCCGAGCCACAGGCCGUGUCUCCUACUCUCGAAACAGGUAAUGAGUCGGUGCUUUCUCAACGAGCAAGAAACAUGAGAGUAAAGAUGAACAUGAUGUCUGGGCUGAGCAUCAUUCUAACCCUAAUGAGUAUUCUCGUUGCGUUCAGCAUUUCGCUUAUCACUAUCAUGGGACUCAUUGGAGAAAUUUGUACUCCGUGCCAGGAAGCGGCGGAAGCGGAAGAUGGAGCACUUACUGGGAGAUGGUGGAGAGGAUGGGCGAAAGUAAGACAUGUUCCUUCUGCGGAAAUUAUGCUUAUUAUAUUUUCUUUCAAGGCGAAUGACAAUUCGGGAUAUAUCGGUGCAGCAAUUGUUGGAGCUUUCGUACUUAUCGUCGCGGGUUGGUAUGGAGGGCGCUGGAUAAUCAGGAAGAACAGAGAAAGACUAAGAAAUCUUUUAGAAUAAUUUCAUGUAUCUGGGAAAGGCAAUAGAACAAUAAAAACCUGCAGCUGAUGAUGG